AUGUCCCCCAAAUACACCCUCCCACCUCUCCCCUACGCCUACGACGCCCUCGAGCCCGUCAUCUCCCACCAGAUCAUGCAGCUGCACCACCAAAAACACCACCAGACCUACAUCACGAACCUGAACGCGGCCCUGGACGCCCAAACCACCGCGCUGGCCACCAACGACAUCCCCGCCCUGCUCAGCAUCCAGCAGAGACUCACCUUCCACGGCGGCGGCCACAUCAACCACUCGCUCUUCUGGCGCAACCUGGCCCCGCCCGGCUCCCCGGCCACGGACCUCGCCCGCUCCGCUCCGACCCUGCAGCGCGCCCUCGAGCAGCGGUGGGGGUCGGUGGACCAGUUCACCGCUGCGUUCGGGACGGUCCUGCUGGGGCUGCAGGGCAGCGGAUGGGGGUGGUUGGUGAGCGUGGGGGGGCCCGGAGGGAGGCUGGAGAUCGUGAGCACCAAGGACCAGGAUCCGGUGGUCGGGGGCAAGGUGCCGGUUCUUGGGGUGGAUAUGUGGGAGCAUGCUUAUUAUCUUCAGUAUCUGAACCAUAAGGCGGGUUAUGUGGAGCAGAUUUGGCAGGUGAUGAAUUGGGUGGAGGCGGAGGAGAGGUAUACGAAGGGGGUGGAUGGGGCUGCUUUGUUGAAGUGGUAG